UAAUUUUCUAAAUCCCUGUACCAUUUUCAAUUGACAUCGAACCCCUCUCUUCCAGUGUCGCUUUCUUCGAUCGACCACCGCCGCCGGCAGCACUGCAGUCGCCGUCCGACGAGAAUCCUUUCGAUUCUCAAUCUUCGAAAUCCUUAGUCUCUGCUUGAUAACGGCAACCUGUUGUGACGUUUGUCGCCUCCACGAGUUGGUUUAACCAGUUGAUAGAGAUGGAAUAUGUAAGCCCUGAAGGACUUCGAUUAGAUGGUCGCCGCCCUAUGGAAAUGAGGCAACUAUGUGCUGAGAUUGGUGUCGUUGCCAAAGCAGAUGGUUCUGCUAUGUUUGAGAUGGGUAACACAAAAGUCAUUGCUGCUGUCUAUGGUCCUAGAGAGGUUCAAAAUAGGAGCCAGCAAAUUACUGACCAAGCAUUGGUGCGCUGUGAGUACAGCAUGGCUAAUUUUAGUACUGGAGAUCGUAUGAGAAAACCAAAGGGUGACAGGCGAUCAACAGAGAUAUCUCUUGUUAUUCGUCAGACAAUGGAAGCAUGCAUAUUGACCAAUUUAAUGCCUCGUUCUCAGAUAGAUAUUUUUGUACAAGUUCUACAAGCAGAUGGAGGAACUCGAUCUGCAUGUAUUAAUGCUGCAACAUUAGCUCUUGCAGAUGCUGGGAUUCCAAUGCGUGAUAUUGUUACUUCCUGUAGUGCUGGAUACCUCAAUAGUACUCCUCUUCUUGAUUUGAAUUAUGUUGAAGAUAGUGCUGGAGGUCCUGAUGUCACUGUAGGCAUUCUACCUACAUUGGACAAAGUUACUCUCCUUCAGAUGGAUGCUAAGUUACCAACUGAUACAUUUGAAGAUGUCAUGCAACUUGCUACUGAAGGCUGCAAGGCAGUAGCAAAUUAUAUUCGAGAAGUACUACUAGAGAAUACCAAGCAGCUGGAGUGUCGCCGGGGUUCAUAAUUGAUAAUUACAGUGG